AUGGCGGGCCGUGAUGAAGAGUUCCAGCUCUUCGACCAGUGCAAAGUCUGUAUAAUUUGCUCCAAAGACCUCAGCCCUGAUACGGCUCAUCAGCUCGCGUCAACGUUCGAGGCGCAUGGCGGGGAGACCGUGAUCUACGAGCCGCCAGCAGACUUCCCACCCCUUACAGAAGGAUUCACGCAUCUGAUAUCGAAUACUGUGGAUUUUCCUGCAUUUGAUGCUGCUAAUGACGCUCUCAUUCCUGUAGUCAAACCGCAAUGGGUGCAGGCGUCUCUAACGAAGAAAAAGUUGGCCAAUCCCCGACAGUACAACCCCGAUCCUAGGCUAUUCCUGAACGAUGUUGUCGUUAUGUGCGGUGAUAUUCCAGAAGGCGAUAAGGAUGCGAUUAUUGGCGGCGUUUUGGCCAAAGGCGGUCUCUACAGUCCCAGGGUGUCGAAUAUGGUCACUCACUUGGUCGAUCUGACGGUGGAUUCCGAUAAGGCGCGAAUGGUCACUUCUAGAAAGCUGAACAUCAAGAUUGUGCUUCCUCACUGGUUCGAUGACUGCCUCAAACUAGGAAGGAGAAUCGACGAGCGCCCAUAUACUCUUCCAGAUCCUGAAAUCCUCCGCGCAGGUACAGACGCACCGAUUCGAUCAUCGGAAAAUCGUGAUAUCAUUGGCGCCUCGACGCUUGAGCCGACCAACCUACCAGCGUCUAUCGUCACUGCUCAUCCACGGCCAAACCUCGAUGUAUUCCAAGGGAAAAAGAUCAUGCUUUCCGCAGAUCUUGGGAUCGGCAUACAUCUAACUAACACGAUUGUCGAGGUGAUUAGGGACGCUGGCGGCCGUGUGACAUCGGACGUCUCCGAAGCAGAUAUCUACAUCUGCCGUUACAGAUCUGGAUUUGGUUAUCGCUUGGCGUCAAGGUUGAAUAAGGACGUCGGAAACCUAUCAUGGCUCUACCAUAUGAUCACCUACAAUGCAUGGACCUCGCCGCUACGACGGAUGUUACACUACCCCAUCUCGCGUGUAGGAAUACCCGGAUUCGAAGGCCUCAAAAUCAGUCUGUCAAAUUAUGUGGGCGAAGCGAGAAUCUACCUGGAGAAUUUGAUCGCAGCGGCAGGCGCAGAGUGUACCAAGACCCUGAAGCAGGAAAACACGCACCUAGUAACCGCCCAUGGCAACAGCGAGAAAUGCGCUGCUGCGAAAGAAUGGGGAUUGCACGUUGUGAAUCACCUCUGGUUGGAGGAAAGCUAUGCUAAAUGGAAGAUGCAACCGGUAUCUGAUCCUCGCUAUACUCACUUUCCUAAGCGGACAAAUCUAGGCGAGGUUGUUGGCCAGACACGCCUGGACAGAUCUGUGCUAGAGAGCCACUUCUUUUCUUCUUUGGAGAACACAACUCAAUCAUCAGACAGCCCUCGGCGAGCAAUGCAGACCAAAGACCAGAAUGCUGAUGCCGGAAAGACAUCAAGUGCUAUGCAGCCACCUACGCCCAAGGCCGUCGAUGCUGCGACUACGACACCGCGAGCAGCUGACAAGUCACGUAAAAUUUCAGACAACAAGAAGCCCCAGACGCCCGCACGUGCUCGGUUGGAGUCGGAGGGCAAAGAGAACGACACACCAUCUUCAACAAGCAGUCGCAAGUCAAAGGAAACGGCUUUCAAUCGACUGCAGGAACUCGCACCAGAUAUCGCCUUGUACGAGAAGGAGAAGAAACGAGUCGGAGGUGUGAUCUAUGGCGGGCGAAGAAAGAGCGACGAGGACAGAGUGGUACUAAACAACGCCAAGAAACGCAGAUCAGUAGAACCGCAGGAAGAAAGCGACGAAGACAAUGCGACGGAGGCGAAGAGACAGAAGAAGUCGAAACCUCCUAUUGCCAUGCACCUCCUUAUUACUGGGUAUCAGAAGUGGGUGGGCAAUUUGAAGAAAGAGGAUGCAGACAAGCGCCAACUUCGCGACCUUGGAAUCAUGGUUGUGCAAGAUGCACGAAGAUGCACACAUCUCGCCGCGCCGUCUAUACUGAGAACUCCCAAAUUCGUCAAUGCGCUGGCAUACGGUCCUGCGAUAGUGAAUAUCGAUUUCAUCACAGAGUGCCUCAAGAAGAAUGAGCUUCUGAACCCUGACGACUUCCCCUUGGUGGACAAAACCGCCGAAAAGAGGUUCGGCUUCUCUCUAGAAAAAGCGAGGGCCAAGGCGAAGAAGAACAAGAACAAGCUCCUGCAGGGCUAUCAAAUCUACUGUGUUGAGUCCAUCCGUGGAGGAUUUGAAGCGUUCAAGUCGAUUGUGGACGUCAAUGGAGGGACCUGCACCCUUUUCCGCGGAAGGGUCUCCUACCAUUCGCAGCGGGAAGAGAGCGAAGACGAUAGCUCAGGGGAGGAUGACCUGAGCCGCAAAGAGGUCUACCUUCUUAGCAGUGUAUCGCCCGAACAUCAGAAGCUCUGGCCACGAUUUUCACAGUUGGCACAGAGUAUGAGCAAGACACCACGAAUCGUGCGCGUCGACUGGCUUCUGGACAUUGCCAUGUCCCAGGAGCUGCGUACGGCUGAGGGAUACGAACUGAAGGAAGAUAUGGUUGACCAGGGCGACCACUAG